AUGGGUACCAACCUUGUUCCAAACACCCCCCCCCCCCCCCCCCCCCCCCUCUCUCUCUCUCUCUCUCUUCAUCGACUUUUUAUUACUCCAAUUUCUGACCUCUCACUGAAGUCUCUUCAGCAUCUCCUUCAAAGAAACUUCCUCUCUCUCUCUCUCUCUGAAAUGGAUAGUCCGAGCAUGGAAAAGUACGGGCCUCCAAUGGCGCAGACGCUCUCGCCGUGCAGCAGCGGAAGAAGAAGCUGCGACUCCAGAUCGCCCGAGUUCGAGUUUUGGAUGGUCCGAAACCCAUCUUUCCCCCAGCCCAACCUCCUGUCCGCCGACGAGCUGUUCGUCGACGGCGUCCUCCUCCCCCUCCACCUCCUCCACCUCCACCCCCAACACCACUCCGACGACCCACCCGACGACACCCUUUCCCAACCGUCCGAUUCAGACGCGUCUCCCAACGCCCAACCCGAGCCCGGACCCGAGUUAUCGGCUCCGGCCUCCGCAUUGACGGCCUCUAAGCGGUGGAAAGAUAUAUUCAGGAAGACUGAGAAGAAGAAGAGCUCACAGAGCGAAGAUAAAGAGAAAGAGAAGAGAAAGGAGAGGAAAUCCGGCGGCGGUGGAGCGAGCUCGGCGGAGCUGAAUAUAAAUAUAUGGCCUUUUUCGCGGAGCAGAUCUGCCGGGAACGGCGGAAAUAGGCCGAAGAUGGGGGCCGGAGUGGCGGCGGCCCGGAAGGUGAGCAGCGCGCCGUGUUCGAGGAGCAACUCGGGGGGCGAGUCGAAGACCCGGAAGUGGCCGAGUAGCCCGAGUCGAGGUGGAGUCCACUUGGGCCGGAGCAGCCCGGUUUGGCAGGUCCGGCGCGCCUCCAGGAGCUCCGACCCGGCCGUUGCCCGGAACGCCGAGAAGGGUGCCCAAAAGGAGGCAAACGAAAGUCGCCGGAAGAAACCCGCCGGUAGCACCGCCGGGACCAAAACCAGAGUCCUGAAUUUGAACGUGCCGAUGUGUAUUGGAUACCGGCAGCAUCUGAGUUGUAGAAGCGACGAGAGCGGCGCUGUUAGCGCGGCCGCGGCCGUGGAUGGCGGAGGUCAGAGCGGCUCCGGCGACGGGGUGCGUGGCGGUAACAUGUUUAAUCUGCGUAGCCUCUUCACUAAGAAAGUGUAUUAACCCUGUCUGUUAUCAUCGUUAAUCUCGUGUUAAAAUAUUUCUUUAAACCUUUUCCUUCCUUAAGCUCCUUUUGGUUUUCUUUUGUUUAAUCCCAUUUUGUGUAAACUGUACACAAAAAGUAGCCUCUUUUUUUUUUCUUCUUCUUCUUCUUUUUUUUUUUUUCACUUGGAUGUGUAACAAACACUGUAAAGUACUUACCCAGAAAGUAGCUUUCUGAAUUUUUGGCUGUUU